CCGCUUCCCCUCCGCUGUUUGGGCGAAUGCGAAUCUAGGGUUUGGACCAUCGACCUCGAAUUUCGCCUUCCUUCUCUCUCGAUUUAGGGCGGAGAGAAUGCGGCCUCAUCCUACCCCCAAAAAUAGCUGCGAUGGGGCGUCGAUCCUUAUCCCUUCCCUUCUCCGGGGGAAUCCCUCUCCUUCUUCUGGAAUCGAAACAUCUAGGGUUGCGAUUCUUCGCCUUUCCUGCCCUAGGCGGCCGGUUUGGGCUCUUAGGGCAGGUAAGUACCCCGGAUGUGAACUCCAUUUGCCCUGGGGUUUCUCGCGGAGGAUCACAACGGGAACUUUCUGAGCUUGGUGAUUCGGGUCUCUAGGUUAGCUAGAGACCCAGAAAAUUUCUUUGUGUGCAUCCCAAAGUAGGUCACAACGGGGUCGAAAUUCUCAAAGCAGGGGCCUGCAAAGGUCAAGCCUGUGGCAGGCCCUGAUGACCCUCAUAAACUACUCAGCUAUGUUGCCAAUUUUUUCUACAUUAGAUACCUUGUCUCAAGGAAAAGGAGGCGAAUGCUUGUUGCUGGAUUUGAUCUGGAUAUGUCCUAUAUCACAGACCGCUUGUUGGCCAUGUCAUACCCUGCAGAGCGCAUGCGUGCCAUGUACCGGAAUCCUCUCUGGCAGGUCAAAACUGUUUUAGAUUUGAGACAUCCAGGUGGCUACAAGGUUUACAACUUGUGCGCAGAAGAAAGCUACAAUCCAUCACAUUUUCAUGGACGUGUGGAGGUUUUCCCUUUUGAUGACAACCAUGUUCCACCUUUGUCAAUGAUCAAACAUUUUUGUGAAAGCAUACAUUCAUGGCUUUCUCACGAUCCACACAACAUUGCAGUUGUUCACUGUAUGGCUGGCAAAGGCCGAACAGGCUUGAUGGUAUGUGCUUAUCUUGUUUAUAGUGGCAUGUCUGCAGAUGAAGCUCUUCAAUUGUAUGCAAAUAGACGGACUAUUAAUAAUGAAGGGGUCUCCAUACCAAGCCAACGUCGUUAUGUUGGGUACUGGUCUAAACUACUAACUUUUCCUAUGGUUAAUGGCCCACCUAGUGUUACUCUGCCUCAACUGACUAAGAGAGAAUUGCGGCGAAUUCGUCUGUAUGACACAGUCAACAUUAACUCAGUCUUCUUUGUGGUCGCUGAAUUGCAAGAGGUUUCUGGUCAACUCUAUCGUCCAUCAGUCGAAGUUGCAAGGCGCUGUUGCAGGCAGAUCAAACAUGGAUAUCAUAGGGCGAGCAGUCCCCGGUACUACCUCUCCUUCAUUAACAGUGACAGCGAUGAGGAUAACUGUGAAAGCGAGACACCCCACUAUGUAGUGCAAAUGGAUACAGAGAGUUCAGCCAUAUACCAGAAGACAUGUCUUGACCACUAUUUUGACAAACCUUUACAAGUAACUGGAGACUUGCGAGUUAUUUUCUAUGAAAAGAUGAUUGGAGGGCGUCUCUUUUAUGUCUGCUUCAACACAGCUUUUAUUAGCAGCAGUCUACUACAGUUUUCAGUACGAGACUUGGAUAAAGUCGGGAGCAGGGGCAAAUCGAUAUGUGGAUCAGACUUUUGUUUGGAGCUAUUAUUUGGUCCGGCUAAUGCAGUGCCCAACACCGAGCGAGAAUCAUAACUCCUAUUGUGUUGGCUUGUUUCUUUGUGCAAAUUAUGGGUUUGGAGGAGCUUUUAAAGACAGUGUUCUCAGUCUCAAGUUAUUCUGUUCAACCAUCAUUCUUAACUUUGGCAUCUGCUGAUGUUGUUGCCAUACCUGGCUGUUUUUUAUGGCAGCGGAGGGCAGCACAUUUUAAUGGAAAUAAAGCAGUACUGUAUAGCAAGAUUGUGAAAAAGAAUACGAAGAAAAGCUUAUUUGUUGCAACA